AUGAGCAAGGUGCUCAUCGUAGACGAUCAAGACCGGUCCAUUACGUAUACGGGCAGCUGGUCGUCGGAGAACAACGUCGGGGACUACACCAACGAAUAUCUCAGCACUGUGCACAAGUCGAAUACGGUUGGAGACUCGUUGGAAUACUCUUUCGUUGGUACUGGCAUCUCGGUCUUUGGCACGCUCAAUACGCCGCAGAGCCUUGGUUUACCCACCCCGAGAUUUACAAUAGAUAAUAGCGAUCCAAUCGCGUUUAAUGCAUCUGGAGAGGUCCUCAAUUGGGACCGGCGAAGACAAACCUCGCACGCGCUACUCUACAAGUCUCCAACACUCCCAAAAGGCAACCAUACAAUCAAGAUUGCUAUCGCGAGUCCGUCUGGAAGCACUACGACUCCUGGUCCGUUCUACCUCGACUUUUUCACCGUGGAUAGCGGAAGUGAUAGCGUCGCUGGGGAUGUCAUUCUGGAUGACCGCGACCAAAGUCUACUCUUCUCUGGAUCAUGGUCAAAUAAUGGGAUUGUUGAAGAGUAUAUGGGAACGACUAGGCAAACGCCCGGCGAGGCGAAUGGGGGGACGAUGACCCUGCAAUUCAAUGGGACAGCGAUAACAGUAUUUGGAACCACUGCCCAGACAGUUAACCAAGGCACGACCAAGGUUUCGUUUAGUAUUGACGGGCAAUCGACCACAUUUGAAGGCAAAGCGAAUCUGCCGGCUGUUCUACACCAGGCUGUCUUUCAAGCGACAUCGCUUGGAGCGGACAAGACGCACACCCUAACGAUUACACCUUUGAACAGCAACCCGUUGUUCCUCGACUAUUUUGUAUACCGCACGACCAACUCUUCUGCCACCAUUCCUACAAACCCCCCAAAUGACAGCAAGACGUCGAACACCGGAGCCAUCGUUGGUGGCGUUGUUGGUGUUGUCGCAAUCAUCCUCCUGGCAGUCUUAGGGUUCUUCUUGUGGAGGAGAAGAAAAGCGCGGAAGCAUAAGGAAUCUGGAGGAGCCAUCGACCACGCUGGCGUAGCGGAACCAUACCGCGUCCCGGCCAAUGGCUCGCAGUACACUGCAGUGCCGUUUGGAUCUAUGAGCAACAUUCCUGCUUCAAAGAACACGCCCGGAAAUCGGGUUUCCGAAGUCCAGUCGUCAUUCUAUGACGGCGACGGCAACUCGACGGCGUACACAGGCAUGGACACUCACUUUACUGUGAGUGACUUCCGCUCGGCGGGGAGCGAUAUCAGUGGUGGGAGUGGUGCCAAUGUGAAUGGGCGAUAUGUGCCGGGAGGCACCAUUCUCUACCCGCAGUUUGAAGGCGUAAAUUCAAGACCACCACCGCGUUCGCCAGUCGUUCCACCCUCUGCGACAUAUCCUCCGAUUCCUGGAGCCUCUUAUGGCCAAAACGAAAAGUCGCGGUUCAUGAAUAUGGACCGUCGCCCGCCGUCACCGACUCGUGUCCCUGCUACAGCGCAGCCACCAGAGUCGACCAUCCUGUCGUCGUCGCCACCAAUGUCAUCGGUUGAAGUCGAUAGUGGCCUCCGAAUACCGCGGGCUGAGCCACCCGGAUACACAGAGGACUAG